AUGGCUAAAGGAGCUAAGGUUUCAGGGAAAGCUAAGGGGAAGAGGAAUAAUAAGAAGAAAGUUCCUUCAUCUUCGGAUCGUGUUAUCAAAACCAGAUCCAUGGAUGCUAUUCUAGGGAUCUCUGAGUUGGAAGUGCAAGCUGAGGAAAAGAUGUCGGAUCAGUAUCGGGCAUUCGAAUCACCAUCGCAGAUUGAGGAAUCAACUAAUCCGGGUAACAAGAAGGUAAAAAUUGAUCAGGCUGAUAUUGAGGAAGAAGUGAAUUACUGGAAGCCUUCAAUUGUGGGUUAUGUUGCUGGUGCUAAUCCUCCUUUGAACGUCAUUGAUGGAUUUGUGAGAAGGAUGUGGAAAAAUGAUGUGGUUAAGGUAGGAAUGCUAUCUCAUGGGGUGUUCAUUAUACGGUUUCAGAAUCUAGAGCAGAGAGAUAAAGUUUUGAAUGGGGGUUUCAUCUUCUUUGACAAGAAACCCUUCAUCAUGAAGCCCUGGAACUCGAUAGAUGAUUUUACCAAGGAGAAUGUGGAUAUUGUACCUACAUGGAUUCAAGUGAGGGGUCUGGAUAUCAAAUACUGGGGAGAGGCAUCUCUAUUCAAGAUAGUUGGCCAGAUUGGGAAACCAAUUCAGGUUGAUGAUAUUACUAAGCAUAGAGAUCGAUUAUUGUAUCCGAGAGUAUUGAUUGAGGUGAGUCUUGCUCAAGAUUUCCCUUCCAAAAUCACUUUUACAGAUGAAUUUGAUCAUGAUGUUGAAUUGGAUGUGAAGUAUGAAUGGAUUCCGCUUAUAUGCAAGAAUUGUUCGGGUAUGGGACAUGGAGCUAAUGUGUGCAGGAACAAAGUCCAAACAAAGAAAACAUGGGUUCCAAAAGAAAAGACAGAAGCAAAAAAAGUGACACCAGUAGUUGAUGAAGAUGGGUUUCAGAUGGUGGGAAAGGGCAAGAAAGUUCAGCAACAGCCUGAGGUAGAAACAGAGGUGACAAAUCAGUUUGCCAUUUUAGACUUUCAAGUGGAGAAGAUUGUACAGGAGGUGAACAACACUGGAGAGGGGGCAGAUCCCUCUACUUCAAAUGGAUAG